GCGCGCACCGGGCAGCAUCAGCCCCGCUUUCGGCGCGUGCAGCAGCAGCAGCAGCACUAGCCGGGCUUCCUCCUCGUCCUCCUCCUGCUGCGGUGACCCUGCUUCCUCCCGCAGCGCUUCUGCUCCUUUUGAAGACCAUGCCGUGGGCUCCCCUUGCUGCCCUCCCGGAGGAGGAGCUGCCCACCGGCCUGGGCCUCCAGGGACGGCGAUGCCCGUGAUUUCUGCGCUGAGGACACAGCCCUCGCCUCCUUCCACCUCGGGACACAAGAAGACAUGAAGCGCUAACUGGAAGCAGAAAAUAUCAACUGUUUCAUCUUGCAUUUUUCACGGUGUACUAUGGAGACCAAGGAAGAGAAAAAAGAGCGACGGCAAGGUUAUUUUGCCCGUUUGAAAAAGAAGCGGUUAGCUAAACAAAAUGGAGAGACAACUUCCACAAAUGGAACCGCAGUGUGUAGAACUUCAACAGGAAAAGAUGAUGUCAUUUCAGGUCAAACCAGUGGAUCCCAAGAAAACUGCAAACAUUCUGGUGAAAAGGAGGACUAUGAGAAAAAAAAGAAAAAGAGCAGCCAGAUAAAGGAUAUUAGGCGUACAGAUCUUAAGCGAUUUUAUAUUACUGAGAUGGAAAGGGCAAAGAUGGGAAUGAUUGAUGAUGGGAGAAAUAUCUCCCCAAAGGCAACUGGGGAAACCCUACAUGCAAGAACAGCUUUUCUGUAUGACAAUCAAACCAAAACCAAUGAGAAAAAAGAAAAGAAAAUGGUUUCUCAGAGACCUCAUGGUACAAUCGAGUAUACGGCUGGAAGCCAAGAUACGCUGAAUAGCAUAGCCCUGAAGUUUAACAUCACUCCAAAUAAACUUGUGGAACUCAACAAGCUUUUCACACAUACAAUUGUCCCAGGCCAGGUUCUGUAUGUGCCAGAUACUGAGCCAAUGUCUACAGCUGCUAAACUAGCUUCCUCAAGUCCUGGUGCCACUGUUUCACCUUCAUCAUCAGAUGCGGAGUACGAUAAACUUCCGGAUGCUGACUUAGCAAGGAAGGCUUGUAGACCACUUCACAGAGUUCUAUCAUCCACUUCAGAGGAAGAUGAGCCAGUUGUUGUCAAGUUUUUAAAAAUGAAUUGUCGCUACUUCACAGAUGGCAAGGGUGUGGUAGGAGGGGUCAUGAUAGUAACACCCAACACCAUAAUGUUUGACCCACACAAAUCAGACCCGCUGGUAAUUGAGAAUGGCUGUGAAGAAUAUGGGCUUCUUUGUCCAAUGGAGGAGGUUGUUUCAAUUGCACUCUACAAUGAUAUAUCUCACAUGAAGAUUAAAGAUGCUCUGCCAUCUGACAUUCCAAAGGAUCUUUGUCCUUUGUACAGGCCUGUGGAGUGGGAAGACCUGGCUUCUGAAAAGGACAUCAACCCUUUCAGCAAAUUUAAAUCCAUGAGCAAGGAGAAAAAGAAGCAGAAAGCGGAUGGGUUUAUCACUCUCAAUUCCAAGCUGAUCAAAUCCCCAGGCAAGGAGAAACCUACAGAUUUUGACAUCCUUAAAUCUUCUGAAAGUUCUUUUUUGGUGACAUCCCAGUCAGAAGAAACCCCAAAGGACUCCAUUAUUGCUGCAUAUUCCAAAAGGGUGGCUACAGAACAGUCUGGAGAGAGAAUUUCUUUAGACCUAACCAAAGACAAUUCCCUUCUGAAGGAAGAUAGUUUUAUAGAUCUUGAAGAGUCUUCAGCACAGAUUGACAGCAAAGUAAAGCACAGAGAUUCAGGAAUGGUAGGUGUUUCCCAGGACUGUAAAACAAAAGAGAAAGUUAGGGUACAAGCAACAAAUGAAGACAAUUGUAAGCAAUUAGUAGUGGAUUCAUCUGAGGCCAAGGAAGCUAUCCCUAAAGAUGUCCUUGAUUCUGAGUCCUGUGAAAAGCUUGAUGUAGUUCCUGAAGUGAACAAGGGAGGUAGUUCACCAACAAAUAAAAUAGAGACCACACUAGAUGCAGAAAAGGAACUGAAUAAAGAUAAGCUUAUUGAAUUUUACCUCAAUAAAGAUAAAGGUGAGCCACAAACUACUGAUGACUUGACUGAAGUUAAGGAAGAGAGAAAUAAUAUACCAGGAGACGUAGAUCUUACACUUAGCUCUUCACAUUCCCCUACCACUAAAGACCUUACAGGCAAAAGGGCAGGGCCUGAAUUAUGUUCUGUUGAGAAGAAAGACUUAUUAUCAAACGUUGGUUCAGCAGCAGGAACAGAAAAAAAAGAGCUUGGAGGAUUGCUAGCUUCUUCGUUGACAUCUCAUCUAGAUAGCAAUUCUGAAAUCAGACUCUGGCUGCUGCAGAGGAUACAAGUGCCCAUUGAAGACAUGCUUCCUUCCAAAGAGGAGAAAAGCAAGGCCCCUCCAAUGUUUCUGUGCAUCAAAGUGGGCAAGCCGAUGAGGAAGUCAUUCAGCUCCCAAAGUUCCACGAUGGCUCAGCAAUAUAGUAAAAAAAGAAAACAGCCAGAAUACUGGUUUGCUGUUCCACGAGAAAGGGUAGAUCAUCUAUAUACCUUUUUUGUGCAGUGGUCACCUGAUGUCUAUGGCAAAGAUGCUAAGGACCAGGGCUUUGUGGUGGUCGAAAAGGAUGAGCUGGACAUGAUAGACAACUUCUUCAGUGAACCCUCAACAAAAAGCUGGGAGAUUAUUACUGUGGAAGAGGCUAAGCGCCGAAAGAGUGUUUGCAGCUAUUGUGAAGAAGAUGAUGCUGAUGUUGACGAAGAUGAUGAUGCACUGCCUGUUUUAAAAAACCAGAGUGCACUCUUAGAAAACAUGCAUGUAGAGCAGCUUGCCCGGUGCCUGCCAGCAAGGGUUCAAGGAUAUCCCUGGAGACUUAUCUACAGCACACAAGAACAUGGAACUAGCUUGAAAACUCUGUAUCGAAAGUCAGCAUCUCUUGAUAGUCCAGUGCUUCUUGUUGUCAAGGACAUGGAUAAUCAGAUAUUUGGGGCUUAUGCGACACAUCCUUUCAGAUUGAGUGAUCACUAUUAUGGCACCGGAGAAACUCUCCUGUUUACAUUUAAUCCUCUUUUCAAGGUUUUUAAGUGGAGUGGAGAAAACACUUACUUCAUCAAUGGAGAUGUAACAUCAUUAGAACUUGGAGGUGGAGAUGGUAGGUUUGGCUUAUGGUUAGAUGCUGAUUUAUACCAUGGUCGGAGCAACUGUUGCAGCACAUUCAAUAAUGACAUUUUAUCCAAAAAAGAAGACUUUGUCAUCCAGGAUGUGGAAGUAUGGACAUUUGAGUGAUGAAGUUCCUGCCUUAAAAAGCCGAACUUGAAUUUACUGAACACUCAGUGGAUGCUGAAAAUUGGAAUGUAGGCUGCCUCAUGACAGAACAAGCUUUUUGACCCCAGAAAUCAGGCAGACUAAUAAUCCAAGAAGAUUAAGGCAAAAAUUGGACAUAACUCAUGUCUUUUUCCUGCUCGGCUAGUGUUCCUACAUCAUGGUAGGAAGGUGUUUGUGGAAGGCAUUUGUAACAUACAGGUUUGUUAAAAGCUGUCUUAUUACUUUCUGUAACUGUGAAAGAAGUCUGUGGAAAAAUCAUAGAGGCGUAUAGUACAUUCCAUGUGUAUUUUUAUUCAGUGAGAGUGGAAACCAAAAAGAGGGAAAGAUUGUGUUACCAAAUUCUGCAGCACAAAGCAAUGAUCAUUAGGUAUAUAGCACUUAAAGGGAGCAUUUUUAAAGGAAUAUAUUUAUUGCUUGUAUAGUACUUUUUUCUGAAAUGUAUUAGGCAUGUUUUUCCUUUCAAUAUUUCAAAUGCCAGAAUUUGCAAGGAAGCUAUAUUGAUUGAAGCAGAUGUCAACACAGUGGCAAAUUAUUUUCAUUUUUCCGGUUUUUAAAAAUAUUUUGCUGUUUUUUUAAUUUUGUAAAAGAGAUGUCUUUGUUGCUAUUUGUAAUUAUUUUUGGGAUCUUAGGUUUUGACUGAACACAUUCUUUUGGAUUGUUUGAGAUAGGCGCAUUGACAGCUCCCAUUAUCAAACAUAUCUUCAUCUUGUUGGUUGAGUGGAAAUGUUAGAAGAGAGAUCUAGUUUUUAACUCUUGAACAAAAUAAGAAAGAAUUUCAGAAAAGGCCAUACCCUUGUAGGGCAGAAAACCGAAUUUUAAUUGCUCUCUACAAAUUACUUGAAACUCCUUGUUGUGCCGAUUAGAUUCAUCCCUUUCAAAGAGGAGGGAAUAGUCUUAUUCUUGAAUAUGAUUUUAAACUAUUGCCUGAUUUCUGCUUAUUUAGUAAAAUAGAUUACUUUUAUUUCCGAUAAGAAAAAAACAUUUUAAAGGAUAUGUUCAUGUAGCCAAGCAUUUAUUUCAUUUGAAGAUGCAGUACAUGAGAAUCCAGGGUUUAACUUCAAUUUGAUACAUUAAAAAUGUUAAGUGUUGUAUAUGAAUUGGGAAAAAUGGUUUUAGAGUAUUUUCCUCUCAUAAAAAUACAUUGGUUAGAAAAGAGUGGUAAAGAUAAUAUCUGUUUUCAAACACUUUAUAAUACUGUCAUAACAUUUUGAUCCUUGACAAUUGUUUAAACAAAACAAAUUGAGAGAGCGAAUUGAUUUUUAAAAAAAAUAUGUGUCUAUAUUUCUUUAAAAGUAUCAGUUAAUCUGUAUAUGUCACUCUUUAGUACAAGGGAUGACCUGCCAGAUGUCUUAUGAUUUUGUAGCCAGUUUACAAUUAUAUGAGAUAGUGUGAGAGUGAUAGUACAAAAACAACAACCCUGCAUUUAUCAGGUACUUCUACCAGGCAUUUAUCCUAAUCUAGACUACAAUAUGACAUAAUAACAUGGUUCUUUCCAGCUGUGUGUCCCAUUCAUGAUGAGUUUUUUUACAGUUGACAUGGAAAUACCCAGAACCAGCUUGACUCAAACCAGAAGAAUGAUUUGACUUACUAGCACAUCAUGUUUCAGCUCUUUCCUUCUCUGUGUCAUGCUGCUUUAUCAGCUGCACCCAAUUUGUGAAAAUCUUUAUUUAUAUUUAUAUAUAGAAACAAAAGGAGGUUUAGCAGCCCCUCUUUGAUAAUAAGUUAGCAAUACAUGUGUUCCUAUUACCCAUCCUUGAAUACAUGAUAUGUGGCAUAAUCUACCUAGCCCCUAUAGAGGCCAUUUGUAUAUCUAUAGGAGAGGUCUAUGUACAUAGUUGCACAGGCCUCCUCUUUAUACUUUUGUGCCAUACGCAUGGAUAAUGGGGUGUGAGUGUGUACAUGCGUGUGACAAAUAUGCAUCCUAUUUGGCUACCUACCCAUUUCAGUUCUAAGUUAUGUAUCCUGUUCAGUGGGGAUAUGGUGAUACUAGAGUUGUUGACAAACUUUGGUGCGUAUGACCACAUGGAGCAAACACACAUACAUUUAUUUUGGAGUCCAAUAAUCCUAUUGGCGACAUGCUGGCAAUUAGAAUCUCCUGCAAGCUUGAAUGUAACAAAAACAAGGAAAUGUUUUCUAUUAAUCUCACAUAGUGUUACACAGAGAAGGAACAUACAUAAUUUUUCUAGAGUAAGAGACUAUAUGUAUGCAUGUGCCUUCAAGUCGCCUGUUGACUUAUGGUGAGCCCAUGAAUUUUAUAGGACUUUCUUAGGCAAGGAAUGCUCAGAGGUGGUUUUUCUGGUUCCUCCCUUUGAAAUAAGAGCCCACAGCACCUGAUACUUGUUGGUGAUCUCCUAUCCAAGUACUAACCAGGGCUGACUGUGCUUAGUUUUUAAGAUCAGACUGGAUCUGGUGCCUUUAGGAUAUUUAGGUGUCAUAAAGAGCUUGUGUAUACCAGGGUAUAAAGACAAAUUAUGACUAUGUGACUUACAAACAAAUGUUUAAAGGGUAAAACAGAACUAGGACCCAACACCUGAGCUUUUCACGCUGCUUUUCACUAUAUAAUCCGACCAGCAGUGCUACUCAUGACAAACUUUCUGCUAUUAUAAUUCCAUUUGGAAGACACUCCCAAGAAUCUCUCAAAGAUCGUUUUAUGAAUGAUGGGGGCACAUGCGAGUUUCAAGCAGAAAGUUUUUGAUAUUUGACAUACAAUUCCAUCCUAUUAUACUUGUCAGCGCGUAUCUGAAACAUUUGUGUCCUGUAUCCAGAACAGUGUUGUCCUAUCAAAUUUCUGUGACCCUUCAAAAACUAUGGAUAUUUAAUAUAUGUAAUGCAGUGCUAUUGCAACAUUUUCAAUAAACAAAUUUACGCAUUCAUAUGUUUACAUGCGUUUUUUCAUGCUUCAAUUUUAUAUUUAUUUAUUUAUUUAUUUACAACAUUUUUACCCUGCCUUUCUCUUUUUUAAAUCAUUUUAUUUGUAAUUAUUGCAGUACAUUAAAAUUAAAAGAGGGCAUAUAUAGUCCAACAAAAAAAGAAAAGAAAAAAAAGAAAGGAAAGAAAAAAAAACCCUGCCUUUACCCCUUUCUCACCCGAGGGGACUCAAGGCUGCUUACAACAACUGGCAAAAUUCAAUGCCCCAACAAAAUCAAUAAAAAUCAACAAUACAUUUAAACAAUGAACAACAAUUAAUAAAAACACAUUAUACAAGCUUAAAAGCAUAUAAUUACUUAAUUCAAUUCUUCCAAAAACCUUGCACGUAGACCUUAGUUCAGACCAUGUAAAAUAUAAUGUUUACUCAUUAAAUGCUUGCGCACAAAGCCAUGUCUUUACGGUCUUCCUAAAGUCCAAGAGAGUCGGGGCCUGCCGGAUGUUACUGGGGAGGGCGCUCCACAGCCGAGGAGCCACCUUUGAGAAGGCCUGUCCCUCGUUCCCACCAGCUGCGCUUGCGAGGCAGGUGGGACCGAGGGCAGGGCCUCCCCAGACAAUCUUAACGUUCAUAAUGGUUCAUAGGAGGAGAUACAUUCGGACAGGUAAGUUGGACCAGAACUCCAUCUCGCUUAUCUAGUCUUUUUACUUAUAUCCUGAUAAUCUGCCUCCAGUUCUACUACCCACAGCAUCUAAAGCAGUGGUUCUCAACCUUUGCAAUGCAGUGACCUCUUAAUACAUUUCCUCAUGUUGUGGUGACCCCCAACCAUAACAUUAUUUUCACUGCUACUUCAUAACUGUCAUUGUGCUACUACUAUGAAGCAUAAUGCAAAUAUCUGAUAUGCAGGAUGUAUUUUCAUUCAUUCAACUCCCCAAACACCUGGAGGGUCAAAGUUUGCCCAUGCCUGAGGUAGAUUCAUCCAAGUUCUUAACCCAGUGGUUCUCAACCUGGCAUCCCCAGAUGUUUUUGGCCUUCAACUCCCAGAAAUCCCAAGAGCUGGUAAACUGGUUGAGAUUUCUGGGAGUUGUAGGCUAAAACAUCUGGGGACCCACAGGUUGAGAAUCACUGUGACUUACCAAAUCCUGUGCUGACUAAAUUCAAGAAGUGCAAAGGGUGCCGCUCCACCCUAGAAUGAAUACAGCUUGACACCACUUCCACUGCCAUGCUAUGGAAUCACAGAAGUUGUAGUUUUAUAGGACUAUAUAAAUAAAGGAAAUAAAGAACACCACUCAGAAAAGAGAGGAAUUCCAGGCAUGAAUAAAUCACGGUCAGCUAACGCCUCCCAACAAAGGACUCCCCCAGGCAGGAAGCAGCCAGACCUUGAAGCUGAAGGGCUAUUCAAUACUAAUCAAGGUGGCCAAUUGAAACAUUCACACCUACCUCAAACAGACAAGAGUUCUUUCUCCCACCCCGGACCUUCUACAGAUAGAGUCUCACUUAUCCAACAUUCGCUUAUCCAACUUUCUGGAUUAUCCAACGCAAUUUUGUAGUCAAUGUUUUCAAUAUAUUGUGAUAUUUUGGUGCUAAAUUCGUAAAUACAGUAAUUACUACGUAGCAUUACUGCAUAUUGAACUACUUUUUCUGUCAAAUUUGUUGUAUAACAAUCCAUGGGAGGUGAUGCCCGAUCUCUACUUCUACCGGGAUCCUGAAGAGAUUUAGAAGGAAGAGCAGGCCGCAGCUGAGAAGGCGGUUACAAAGGAAGAGUUCCAGGGCGAAUGGACUGCUCCUGCCCCUGAAUUUACAGCACCACCACAACCGGAGGUGGCUGAUUGGUCUGAAGGGGUGCAAGUGCCCUCUGUGCCCAUACAACCAUUCCCAGCAGAGGACUGGAGUGCACAGCCUGCCACUGAAGACUGGUCUGCUGCUCCCACUGCUCAGGCAACUGAGUGGGUAGGGACUACCACAGAGUGGUCCUAAUGUUAUCAGCAGGAAUUCAAGAAGGCAGUGAGAAAUGAAAAUAAAAGAUCUUUCUUAUUGAAAAAAAA